ACUCUUUUGUUUCUCUCGGUUACCAAACUGAAUAGUACAGUUAUGUCCAUAAUUAUUAAAAUUAAUAAAAUUUUCAUUCAAUUUUAAAUAGCUACAUAAAUUGAAUACUGCAAUUCAAGAAAUGACAAAAUGAUGAACGAUGUUAGAAAAUAAUAAAGAAAUAUAAGAAAAUAUAGUGAUGAGAGACAGACGUUUUUUAAGCAUUUAUGUGAAUAUAUACGUUAUGUGCAACCUUAGAAGAAAUAUUUUGAAAUUGAGCUUCGUCACAAAUAGAUUCCGGCAAUUAUUACAUUUCAAGACAGUUAAGUUACAUCCAGCAAUGCAGGAUAAUACAAACUUGAAUGUAACAAAGUGGGAUCCUCUUAAGAUAUUUGAAUGUUCUUCACAAUAUAAAUAUGCUGUAAUUAUAUUGAAUCGUCCACUUCACUUAAACUAUGAUAUUUUGCUUCGAAUAUGGGAGAACGCACAGAUUAAUGUCACUGUUGACGGUGGAACAGAUAGAUGGCUGCAUUAUCUAGAAAUGCAAGAUAUAGAUCUUUUUGAUGGAAAACAUUUUCAAUAUGUACCAAACCUAAUUACUGGUGAUAUGGAUAGUUGUUCUUUUGAAAUUCUUGAAAAAUUAAAAUCUAUGGGUUCAACGAUCAUUGAGACACCUGAUCAAGAUCAUUCAGAUUAUACGAAAGCUUUGCUUCAAUUGAAACAAUAUGCUGACAAGAAAAAUAUAAAUUUGAAGGCAAUAUAUGUAUUUGUAGAAUCAUCUGGAAGAUUUGAUCAUAUUCUGGGAAAUAUUAAUACACUUUAUAAAAGUGGUAAACUUAUUGGCGAGAUACAGGUUAUUCAAGUUGCUAGCAAUUCAUUGACAUGGAUUUUGGAGCCUGGUUUUCAUAGCAUAUCAAUUCCUAAUGCUUUAGUGCAAAAUAGUAGUUGGUGUGGACUUAUACCGAUUGGAACACCUGUUAAUCAAAUAAGCACAACUGGCUUAAAAUGGAAUUUAAAAAAUACAACUAUGCAAUUUGGUGACCUUGUAAGUACUUCAAAUACAUAUGAUAACUGUUCUGAGGUAACUGUCAACACAGAUUCAAUACUGAUGUGGACGAUGGGUAUAGAACCACUUGUAAAAAGUAUGAUUAAUUAUAAAUCAUUAUUAUCAAAUACAGAUUGUCAUGAGUAAAUGACAUUUUUAUAUAAUUAAUGUUGUAAAUCUGAUAUACCUCAAGUUUCUAAAUACGAUAUAAAUAAUUUUUCUAUAUUUUCAGAAACAAAAAAUGAAAUUAAAAAGAGAACCGAUUCUUAAUAUAGUUUAGAAGUACUUAUGUACAUAAUGUAAUAUAUUAAUAUAUUCUUAUUUAUGUAUAUAUUAAUAUAUUAAUGUAAUAUGUCUCGAAUAUUAGUUUUAUUUUUCCAAACAUGAAAUAUAAGUAUAUGUGCAACUUAAGUUUUGAUACUAAAGUUCAUGUGAUAAUUUAAAUUUGUUUGGUAUAAAUUAACAAUAAUUAUGUAUGUACCAUUUACCAUGACACAAUUCAUAAAAAUAGAAAUAAUUAUUAGCAUUAUAUUACAGUACUUAAAUUGUGAAAGUUUUAAUAAAAGUUGAAAUAUUUUUUAAUAAAAGUUUAGUUAAAAAAUGUUAUUAAUCAACACAUGUGUGUUUUCUCAUAAACAAGAAUAAAAUAAUCAAUUUUGGAUUAAAUUGAUUGAUUAUAAAAUUAGUAUUAUAUAUAAGCAUUCCACAUACAUUUAAUAGUUUGAUAUUUGACCAAAACAAUACAACGUUAUUUUGGGAGAAAUAUUAUAUUUUUGAAUAGUCUGUUUGCAUAAGUAUAAUUCUUUGUUCGAGUUUGAAAAAAUUAUUACUUGAGAUUGAUAGAUUGCAUACGCAUUGGAUAACAGCAAAAUUUAAUUUAUGAGAAUUAUAUUACUAAUACGAAAUAAUAGUAUAAAUACUAAAAAUGAAUUAAUAUACAACAUUUAAGAAAUAUGAUAUUAGAAAGAUGUACGUUUUAUACAAUUUAUUUAAGUGGAUAUUAUUUCAUUUAUGGAUGUUUUAAACAAAUUUUUAAAUGCAUAGAAUACUUUCUAUUUUAGUUAUAUCAAUGUAUAAUAUAAUUGAUCAGGAAAAUGAAAAGUAAAAAUAAGAUAAUAUGUAU